AUGUCUCUAGUCGUUGAAGAGCAAGGACAACAUAUUGUGACCCUCUGGAUCAAUGGUCGAGCGCUCCCCAUCGUACAAGAGCGAGCUAUCGAGGUCAUCAAUGCAGCAGAGGGCAACGUCGUGCAUUACGCCCAAUGUGCUGAUGCAAAUGACGCCAAGGCAGCAGUCGAAGCAGCCGCAGCCGCAUUCCCAGCAUGGAGCACUUCAAGCUACAUAUACCGACGGGAGAUCCUUCUCGAGUUUGCAAAUAUCGUUGAACGUCGCAGUGAUGAGAUAGAUGCGCUACAGACAAUCGAGACAUCUAGCAUGCUUGGCUAUGGGGCUAUGGGUUCUAUACUCGCUUCUAGGGCUCUUCGCGAGAUUGCCAGUAGCAUCAGUCGAGUGCUUACAGGCGAAAUACCUCCCAGCGAGGAUGAUCAACGAGCCUUUGUGAUGAAGCAAGCCAUUGGCCCAGUCUUACUCAUUUCGCCGUGGAACAACCCUCUAAUAUUAGGCAGCCGCAGCAUAGGAGCUGCUUUGGCCGCAGGAUGUACUGUCGUACUCAAGGCUUCGGAGCUUUCUCCCAAAACUUACUGCCUCGUCCAUUAA